ACAGAGGUGAAAACAGAUAUCUUUGUCACCAGCUUUGGACCAGUAUCAGAUGUGGAAAUGGAGUACACCAUCGACAUGUUCUUCAGACAGACCUGGGUGGACGAGAGGCUGAAGUACGACGGCGCCGUGGAGAUCCUGCGUCUCAACAACAAGAUGGUGGAUAAGAUCUGGACACCCGACACGUUCUUCAGGAACUCCAGGAAGUCCAUCGCACACAAUAUGACCACUCCCAACAAGCUGUUCCGCAUCAUGCAGAACGGGACCGUCCUCUAUACCAUGAGACUAACCAUCAGUGCAGAGUGUCCCAUGAGUCUCAUGGACUUCCCUAUGGACGGACAUGCCUGUCCUCUCAAGUUCGGCAGCUAUGCGUACACGAGCAGUGAGAUCACCUUUACCUGGAGGAAGGGUCUGGAAUCUUCUGUAGACUGUCCUCAGGAGUCUAUCAGUCUGCUCCAGUAUGACCUGGUGGGACAGAGGUUAUCCAUGGAGACGUUCAAGUCCAACACAGGUUUCUACUCUGUCAUGGUGGUUCAUUUUCUACUACAGAGGAAGCUAGGCUACUACCUGAUUCAGACAUACAUCCCUCUGAUUAUGGUGGUGGUGCUGUCACAAGUAGCCUUCUGGAUCAACAAAGAGUCUGUCCCUGCACGCACUGUGGCUGGCAUCACCACAGUCCUCACCAUGACAACCCUCAGCAUCAGCGCCCGCCAGUCUCUGCCCAAGGUGUCCUACGCUACAGCCAUGGACUGGUUCAUCGCCGUGUGUUUUGCGUUUGUGGCGUCCGCGCUCAUCGAGUUCGCCGCCGUCAACUACUUGGCCACACUUGAGGCCAACAGACUGAAGAAGAGGAACGCCAGGCAGAACAAACUGAAGGUCCUGGCUGAAGCAAGUUAUGAUGAGGAGGAUGAUGAGAGUGCUUCAUCUCCCCUCUCAGAGAGAGGGGGCCUGAAGAAGAGGUAUAACUCCAUAUCCCAGAGUGAGAUGGACACUGGCCCCUCGGUGCCCAUCUUCCUGCAACAGGGUUCAGCUGUGCCCCCCAUCCCAGCGCUGGCUGGCACCAGCCCAAUAGACCAGUACUCCCGCAUCAUGUUCCCCCUGGCCUUCGCACUCUUCAACCUCUUCUACUGGAUCAUAUACCUGGGCAAGGACACCAUGGAACAGGCCAGAGAUGAUUGACCCUCUUGCACCAACUGAUGUGUCAUCUACGGGGAAUGUUCUGCAGAGACCUUGUUCAUUCAUCUCUGUCCUUCACUCUACCAACAAGUACUCAACGUACACACUACUUCCAGUCCACACAGGAAAUGAAUAUGAAAAAAAUGUAUAUUUCCGACCACAUGUCUAUUCUGAUCACAUGUUGCUCUGCCCAGACCUGCUGGGAUCAGUUAUUGAAAAGGUGUCCUUGUCGUUGGCAGAGCUUUGGUUUAAAAAUGGAUGCAUUUGGUACUUAUGGUACCCCCCCCCCCCCCCCCCCACACACACACACACACAAACAAACGGAGAAACACACAAAUGAAAUAAAAAGUGGAUGAUAUAAUCUAUGAUGUCUGUAACUGGUGAUGCAACAUUGAACCAAUGCUGGUCAGAAACCUGCUGUGCUCUACAGAGUCACAGGCCCCACUACAACACUGAUCCAAGAGAUCCUCUCAUCCCCCUCUCCUCUCCUCAUCCCCCUCUCCCCACCCUCCUCUCCUCAUCCCCCUCUCCUCUCCUCAUCCCCUCUCA